CAGCAGGGCUAGGGCCCCUGGCGAUGGCCGCGGAGCUGGCGAUGGGCGCCGAGCUGCCCAGCAGCCCGCUGGCCAUCGAGUACGUCAACGACUUCGACCUGAUGAAGUUCGAGGUGAAGAAGGAGCCGCCCGAGGCCGAGCGCUUCUGCCACCGCUUGCCUCCCGGCUCGCUAUCCUCGACGCCGCUCAGCACGCCCUGCUCCUCCGUGCCCUCCUCGCCCAGCUUCUGCGCGCCCAGCCCGGGCACCGGCGGCGGCGGCGCGGCUCAGGCCGGGGGCACUCCCGGGCCGCCAAGCGGGGGCCCCGGCGCCGUCGGGGGCACCUCCGGGAAGCCGGCACUGGAGGAUCUAUACUGGAUGAGUGGCUACCAGCACCAUCUCAACCCCGAGGCGCUCAACCUGACGCCCGAGGACGCGGUAGAGGCGCUCAUUGGCAGCGGCCACCACGCCGGGCACCACGGUGCGCACCACCCAGCGGCUGCCGCGGCCUACGAAGCCUUCCGGGGCCAGGGCUUUGCGGGCGGCGGCGGCGCGGACGACAUGGGCGCCGGCCACCACCACGGCGCCCACCACACUGCCCACCACCACCACGCCGCUCACCACCAUCACCACCACCACCACCACGGCGGCACGGGCCACGGUGGUGGCGGCGUGGGCCACCACGUGCGCCUGGAGGAGCGCUUCUCCGACGACCAGCUGGUGUCCAUGUCGGUGCGGGAGCUGAACCGGCAGCUCCGCGGCUUCAGCAAGGAGGAGGUCAUCCGGCUGAAGCAGAAGCGGCGCACGCUCAAGAACCGCGGCUACGCGCAGUCCUGCCGCUUCAAGAGGGUGCAGCAGCGGCACAUUCUGGAGAGCGAGAAGUGCCAGCUCCAGAGCCAGGUGGAGCAGCUGAAGCUGGAGGUGGGGCGCCUGGCCAAGGAGCGGGACCUGUACAAGGAGAAAUACGAGAAGCUGGCGGGCCGGGGCGGUCCCGGGGCCGCGGGCGGGGCCGGCUUCCCGCGGGAGCCUUCGCCGCCGCAGGCCGGCCCCGGCGGGGCCAAGGGCGCGCCCGACUUCUUCCUGUGA